CUGACUGAUGACUUUUUCGGGCUUCCCGCAAAUCAAAGCACGACAGGGAGCCUGGUGUAGCACAAAACAAACGCCUAUCUUCGGAGCUAGGUCCUGCUCCGCCCCUGUUCUUGUUGGACUACUAGUAUCGAGAAAAGCGCGUUCGGUGGUCUCACGCUACUUCCGCUUCUUCCAUCUCAGCACAACCACAAGCGAACUUCGAUCUAAUGGUCCUCACAAACUGUGAUAUCGGCCAAUAUUUUCCCUCAGCAGAAGUCAACAAUGUUCAUGACAAGAUUGUCUCUAGAACUGUUCGCGUUUCGAAGUGUGACCUCUCGAACGGCUGAACGUGUCAGGCUGAGGCUGACCAAAAGAUCCACACAAUUGCAUGCCAACCCUCUAGUGUGUCCUCUAAAUACCACCACCGUCCAGCUCGGCGGCGCCACAGACGCACAGAUGUCUGUCGUUGUCAGUUGAGCCGAACGAGGGUUCUUUAAACAUUGGGGUUCCUUUGCACAGGUCUUGAAUGUUGAACAAUGACCGGGAGGUUUGGUAAGUAGCCGCCGUGGAGAAAGACGAUCUCUACUGUCUUUUCCAGAAUCCACGGGCAGGAUUCAAUGCAUUACUGAGAUUGCCGUGUUACCGUUCUGAUUGAAUCACUCUUGCGGGCUGAGGCUUCGCUUCAAAGCCAAGACUUUCGCUUCCCACCUUGCACUGUACCAUGUGGCUUUGUCCCAUACCAAGCCUGUCGGCACUGACCCCCGGAUGCUCGUUAAGGACGAACGCCUUUCAGCUUGUCAUAUCUUAUUGGUGCUUGAGAAAUUAGGUCCGAUGCAUGGCUAACAGGGACCCCUCAAAGGGACCAGUCAUGGUGGACGUGCUGCACUUGAGGCAGUCUUCAAAAGGACUGCCCUGCCGGCGCACGUCUUGACAUUACACCAGCCAAAUAUUGCUUCCUCGUUGGGUCGAUAGCUGUGGCCUUGGUUGUGCGCCGUCCGCUUGGGCGAUGCGCUUCUGGAGUCGAAGAGGUGAACCUUAGUGAACACGAGAAGCACAAACGUACACCAUGGCAGGCUCUCACUAUAUCCCACUCGGGCCUUUUGACUACUCCCAAACGACUCCCAACCCGGAAGCCCAACAGCCUUCAUAUUUCUCCAGCACCAUUCGGAAUCCCGCCUACGAUCCUAUCCCUUACCUGCACAGUCCAGAUGAUGGCACGUAUAGUACACAGAACCAGCCGCUCAGAUAUCAGCAAUGGGAGAUGUCAGGCGGCCAGCCUGGUGACACCUCCUACAGAGGGUUCGACGGAAAUGGUCCUGGUCUUCGUCCAGCAGCUGGACGGAAUGCUAGCUCUCGAUCAUCCAUUUGGUCUGCCAACAAGGGAUUCAGUGUCUCCCACUUCAACGUACCGGCAGCAGCAUCGCCUUGGGAGCAUGAACUGUCUGAGAAACAUGGGGCAGCCUUGCCUCCAUCCAGUACUGUCAGAUAUUUCGAUCGGCGUCGACAGCGUGCCCGGCUUUUGUUCAACAGUAGCUUCCAGUGGACCAUUACCGCGCUUAUCUGCGCUGCCAUGGCCGGCAGCAUGUACGGGUUCUCAAAGCUGAUUGGGAUGAGUUCGACGAUCAAGCACAUCUUCAAUGCGUUGAUCACGGGCUUCUCGUUAUGCCUCGGUCUGAACUUGUCGUCCUCCCUGACGGGCUAUGCCCAAAUGAUGCGGUGGAGAUUCCUUGCUUCGGGCUAUCGGACCCUCCAGGACUUUGAGCUCGUCAUGAACUGCGACAGCCAGUCUCACACACUGAGACUGCUUUGGGCUGGCCGGACGCGCGGGAAAUGGUACCCUAACAAGACCCAGUUGGUGGCCCUGCUGUGGCUGCUGGUUAACCUCGGCCUUCAGGUUUCGACGGCCCUGGUAGGAUUGACAUACUCGAUCAACGUGUCGUCAGAAUAUGUCCGCCUCACUUAUGGCAAUGUCAGCAUUUCCGACGUCACUUAUAUUGGCAACCAGGAAACCGUGGCUCUGUACCGAGACGACCCGGAGAGUGCUCCGUCCGUCUUAGCGCAAACCGCCGUCGCAAACCAAUGGGGCGUGACCGGGCAGGACUACUCUGUGGUUAACACGACAUUCGAUGACGACAACGGGAAGCAGCAAGUCGUAUACACCAACGCCGACGAAUCAAUGUACUGGUAUCGGUUUAUCGAUCGAUCCCCCUUAGCGUUCAGUCAGUCAACGGCCACGUCGCGGACGGUGAACGUGACGGCGUCAUGCGAGUCGUUUGAAGUCACGUACGGGGGCUACGGGGGGUUUCAGAGUAACGACUCUGACUUGAUGUGGGGGGUGGUAUGGGUUGACAAUCAGGGCAACAGCAACUCAUGGUGGAUCGAGGACGUGGCCACGGGAGCGACGACAUGGAUGGGCAACAUGUCGUCGGACUGUGGGGAGCGAUGCGCGCAGAUUUACGCGCUCCAGACGGCGGACAAUAUGACCAACGACGUGCCGGAGCCGCGGUUCUGGUCGUGUUUGGUCAACGUGUCGCCCGUGGACAAUGUGCACGAAUACAUCAACCCGUCGCAGUACCAGAUCCCGGAUCUUCAAGCCACGAUCCUCGCCGGCUCGAUCGGCUGGUCCGGCGUCGUCACCCGCGGCGACUUGCCCAUGGCCAAUUUGCAAGUUGUGCGGUAUCCGGCCGACUCGCAGUGGAGUCCGCCGGGCAACAUCUCGUCCGACGAUAUGGCCCGGCUGGUCAUGAAGUUCACCACCGGUGCCAUCUCGGCUCUCGACACCGACGGGCCCCGACUCAACGUCACGGGCUAUGGACCCGCGCCCGCCCAGAUCCUGCAGGUCCAAUGGAAAUACGCCGCCGCCGUCCUCGGCGGCAUCCCGACCGCCCAAGCCGUCGUGUUACUGGCUGUGGUUCUGUUUGCCAACAAGGCCAUCAUCAAGGACACCAGCCAUCUGUCUAUGGCUCGUCUGUUGCGUCCCAUAGUCGACAAGCUAGGCGAUACCGGCUGUCUGCUGACUGGCGACGAGAUCGCUGAGCGCCUCGGCAACUACCGCGUCAUCUAUGGCGUUAGGGGUUCUGGCCGCCAGGGUGUCCCCCCCCGUCGGCGUCGGCGACGAUGGCACAAUCCGCCAUGUCGAUAUCAUUGAUGAGGCGGAGGGCCUCGGUUACAGGAGAGGCGGCAUGCCUGAAGGGAGAUAUGACGGCCUCCACCCUGCUCCUUGUGGAGAUGAACAAGCGCGCUUGCUUGUACGCGAACAGGAACCAUCGGCUGAGGUGGACCGGCCCCAGGGCCAGGAUCGGUGGUCACAUCCAGACAGAAAAGGGCGGCGGAUGAGUGUUUGAACGAAUAUUUUUUUUUCAAGUGCAAUGAAAACUAUCAGCAUCGCGUGCAAGGCUUUGGCCGUUCUUUUUAAAUCAUGCUACGAUAUGAAUGUUGGAUUCGGUAGGUCGUCUGGGGAUGUACGGUGCGGGUUUUGCUUUUCUCCUUUUGUUGGUGGAAGUCAAGGCGACAAGCCCAAGCUGGAUCAGCGUCGGAAUAACAAGAGACCGAAGGAAUGAACAUUGAUGAGAGUUGCCAGAAGUAUAGUACAGCUUGCUUUGAUUCAGAGCCUCUGGACUUUCCAAUUAUAGUCUGGUCUACUUGUAGCUAUGUACCUCCUGGCCUGGAGUCCAUGAUAUGCGGCGUUGUAUGAAUCCAAUGUAAAUAACCUUGUUCCUUGUCGAAAAUCUGGCGAUAGUACUGUAUAUGUUCAGCAGUCGAGCCAGCCACAUAAAUUGCUUGUCAAGAAAGCCAUCCGCC